CUCCGCCCUGCCUGCAGCUGUCCAUAAUCGCUGAACUAAGCCACUGUCUGCUGGCGAGGGUGGAGGAUCCCGUCCGGGCCGGCCUGCCUGCAGCUCCUCAAGAUGUCUGGCUAUAUAGAGCCAAAGCCCGGAGACCUGAUAGAGAUUUCCCGUGUGGGCUACCAGCACUGGGCCAUCUACGUGGGUUCCGGUUAUGUGAUCCACCUGGCUCCCUCAGAUGACUUAUACCAGGCCAGCACCUCCAGCCUGAUGUCUGCCCUGUCCGAAAAAGCCGUGGUGAAGAAGGAACUCCUGUGGAGCAUCGUCGGGGACGACGCCUGCCGCAUCAACAACAAAUACGAUCAGAAAUACGAACCGCUCCCGGCGAACAAAAUCAUUCAGGAGGCGGAGGCACUCCUGGGCAAAGAAAUCCGCUACAGCUUGGCCAGCGAGAACUGCGAACAUUUUGUCACCAGGCUGCGCUACGGAACGGCUAGGAGCGACCAGGUGAGAGACACCUUGGUUGCUGGCACAGUAGGGCUGUUUGGCGUAGGCCUCGUGGCUAUUGCGGCGACAGUGGUCAGCAGCUUAUUCCUGCCCAGAAGGCACAGAGAGGAAUGAAUAAAUGGCUGUGCACUCCUCCACCGAUCCCCGUGGCGGGGAAUCCUCUCCUGCUAGAAACGUAGCCUCUUUCCUAGUCUGUUUCAAAUUCUGAAACCAGUGCAGUUCAGGAGACGACGCUUUCGCUUUUAAAAGCAAGGUGCUGCUCAGCGAAGGUUAAACAUGUUGACUUUGUGCUGUUAUACCGGGAAUGUUUUCAAGGGCAUCUUAUAGAAACCUCACAGUUUCAGUGCCAAGGGUUUUUUGGGGUGGGGUGAGAGGUUGGGGGUGUCCUGGGGUCACAUGCCAGCGUCUUCCUCACUGCUGUCACCCACUCUUGCCGUGGGCCCAAUCCGCACGGAUGCCCAGAGGAAGAGCGCAUGUCAUGUGGGGAGUGUGGGAAGUGUUCCCUGAAGGAGUAGAGAUGCUUAACUCUGUAUGUAAUAUUAUCCCAGAAAUCAAGUAUGAACACUGACAAGGACCUGAACCAUAGGGUGUAGCCAAUGUGCUGGCCCAUUUAAGUUAACAGGCAUGCCUAAGCAAGGUUAAUUAAUUUCAAUGGGUUUAUUCUGAGCAGAACAUAGCUGCGUACAAGACACAGAAACCAGCCUGCUCAUUCUGUUCCUCAAAGGGGGCUGGCAUGUCACAUUUGCACUCCUUGUUUCCUCACCACCUGAAGUGUGCUUGGCAGGCACGACUGACACAGCCUUCUCAGUGGUGGCACCUGAGCUGUGGGAAUCCCCUGCUGCAGGAGAUUUAGCUAGCUCUCCUUUCUAUGUCUUUUUGGACACCAGAUAAAACUUCUUCUUUUUUCUUUUAAAGGAUGCCCCUUUUCUAGAUAGCCACAUUGAGAGACAAGCUCACGACAGCCUGUUUUAUGACCGCUGCUUGCUGUUUCUCUCCUUCUAGAAUUUUGUCUUAGGUACCUUUGGUCUGUUGACUUUUGUAAAAAAAAAA